AUGCCAUCUGUGCACAUUGUUGAAGGACCCACCAUAUGGAUUAUUGGGGACAGUUACGUACGGCGUGGUCGCGACCGGGCAGCCGAGACCCUUGGUCACAAUUUAGGGAUGGCGGCCCACGUCCAGUGGUUUGGCCGCGGAGGACUCCGCUGGAGCAGCCUGGUGCCGUGGCUUUUUCGCUUGCUACGGGGACGGUCCGCCCCGGCUGUCCUGCUCAUCUGCUGCGGCAGCAACGACCUCGGGAAGGUGAAGAGCGUGGACUUGGUCGCAGCGAUGAAGCGGGACCUUCUGGACCUCCAUAGGCGGUAUCCAUCGAUGGACAUUUUUUUUUCGCAACUGACCGAUCGCCGCCUGUGGAGGGACGCCCAGCCGGGGCGGAUCAAUCUCUCUUGUAAACACUUUGGGGCGGGGGAGGUGUUCGCAUCUCCUGCUCCUGUCCUUUAUUCCACAUCAGCACCAAUCAGCAUCACUUAUGGGCUCCUGGACUCUGCUCCUCUUCUGGGACCGAGCGGGGGUUCAGGUGCACCCCUAAUCCAGCCUGACACCUCAUUCAGGGGCCGUGGUCGGCUGGUCCUGGGGAGGCAGAGGGGGGACGUCUAA